AUGUCUUCUUCAACUACCCAUAUAGCUACUGUUGGGGCUAUUGCUUUUAGCGGAGCAACUUUGGUCCUUUGCUUGGGAGGUUUAUUUGCAGUUUGGAAUGAUAUGCAGGAUUUGUGGAUGGAAUUGGAUAAACAAAUGGAUACAUUUAACGCCGAGUCCGACGGUCUGUGGAAUGACAUGCUUCUACUUGGAGCCGGAACUCCCUCCAACCGGGAGCGACGACAAGCUAUAGACCCACAAAGAGACUCUCGCUCAAGCCCCCACGUUAACUCCAAUUAUGGUUAUGCUGCUGCACAACCUGUUGUCUGUAAAUGCGAGGCAGCUAAUAAUUGUCCAGCUGGACCUGCAGGCCCUCCAGGUGCUCAAGGAGAGGCUGGAGUUGCUGGAAUUGGAGGCAAACCAGGAAUUCCUGGUGAGGAUGCGCCAGACUGGCAAAAUGCACCUUUCAAGGGUUGCAUUAAUUGCCCUCAUGGUCCACAAGGUUCACCAGGAGAGGCUGGACGUCCAGGAGUUAGAGGAAUGCGUGGAGCAAAAGGAUCACCGGGAAUGCCUGGACGUGAUGGUGUUCCUGGAUUACCUGGAAUUCAAGGUCAAGAAGGAAAGCCAGGAGAUGACGGUCCUAUUGGAAAGUCGGGAGAUCACGGUAAAGAUGAAGAAAAGCAGAUUGGUCGUCGCGGACCACGUGGACCACCUGGAGAGCCUGGACCGGAAGGGACAAAAGGACCAAAGGGAGAAGAAGGUCCAAUUGGAAAGCCUGGACCAGCAGGAGUACCUGGCCCUCACGGAUUCCAAGGUCCACCUGGAUCUGAUGGAGAAGAAGGAGGACAAGGCCCAGGAGGCAAACAAGGAGAGGAUGCCGCUUACUGUCCUUGCCCAAAUCGUGAUGGAAGCAAGUCAGCAGCUGUUUCUAAACCAAAAGCUGCUGAAAGCUACUCAAGUGGUGGUGGAAGUUCUGCUUCUUACUCAGGCGGUGGUGGUGCUAAACCUAGCGGGGGUGGAUAUAAAACUCGUUAA